CUCCCACAAUCUGGGUCUGGAGGGGCGAGCUAAGAGACCAAGGAUGAAGCUCCUUUUUGUAGCUGCCUUUGCACUUUUUGUGCUUUCUGCAUUUGACAAGGCUGACUCUUCAGCUUAUGACAAGAUAGUUGCCCAUAGUCGCAUCAGGGCAAGAAAAGAAGGACCCAAUGUCUGCGCACUCCAACAGUUCAUGGGGACCAAGAAGAAGUACUUCAGCACUUGUCGUAAUUGGUACCGCGGGUCUAUCUGUGGAAAGAAAGCGACUGUGCUUUAUGAGUGCUGCCCAGGGUACAUGAAGCUGGAAGGCAUGCGUGGAUGCCCUGCAGUGGCCCCGAUCGACAAUGUGUAUGGCACCUUGGGUGUGGUGAAGGCCACCUCAACCCAAAAAUACUCUGACAUCUCUAAACUGAGGCCUGAGAUUGAGGGAUCUGGAUCGUUUACCGUCUUUGCCCCCAGCAAUGAUGCAUGGGAGCUUUUGGAUGAAGAAAUGAGGAGCGCACUGGUCAGCAAUGUCAACAUUGAACUGUACAACGCUCUGCAUUAUCACAUGGCCAACCAACGCCUCUUGACCAAAGAUUUAAAGAAUGGAAUGACUGUCACUUCCAUGUACCAAGACCUUGGUCUUCAAAUAAAUCAUUACUCCAAUGGGGUGGUGACUGUGAACUGCGCCAGGAUUAUCCAUGGUAACCAGAUUGCCACCAAUGGAGUUGUGCAUGUCAUUGACCGUGUUAUCAAAGCUGUUGGCAACACAAUCCAGGAUGUCAUUGAGGUUGAAGAUGACCUGACAACCCUGAGUGAUGUGGCUCAAAACUCUGGUCUUCUGGAGAAGCUGGGUCAGCCAGGACAUUUCACUCUCUUUGCUCCCACCAACAAAGCCUUUGAGACUCUGGGCAGUGAAGUGUUGGAAAGACUUCAGGGCGACAAAAAGGUCCUCAAAGCUCUCCUGAAUUUCCACAUCCUGGACUCUGUCCAGUGCUCUGAGGCUAUCAUGGGUGGCACCUCCUACGAGACCCUGGAGGGCAACAACAUUGAGAUCGGCUGUGAUGGCGAGAGUUUAACAGUCAAUGGCAUCAAGAUGGUGCUCAAGAAGGACAUUGUCACCACCAAUGGUGUCAUCCACCUUAUUGAUCAAGUGCUCAUGCCAGACUCAGCUAAACAGGUGAUGGAACUGGUUGGAAGUUCCCAGUCAACCUUUGGAGACAUGGUGUCCGAGCUAGGCCUUUCUGCUUCCAUGCAAUCUGACGCUGAGUACACUCUGCUUGCCCCCCUCAACACUGUCUUCAAUGGUGAGCAACAUACUGGUGAUUAAAUAAAGCACGCCCCUAUUUAG